GCAGGAGGAGGGCACACACACACCCAUGGCUCAGUCGCGUUGACAGGAGUCGCAGCACGGACGGACAUUUUCAUCCUGAAUCGCAACAAACACAGCGAAAUAAAAAGAAGAGCAGAAGCAGCUGAACGAGUCUUUCUUGUUUGAGGUCAAAGUUCAACAGUCAUCAUGGCCGAUGAAUCAGACAUGCGCAAUGAGCUGGCUGACCUGCAGACACGUGCAGAUCAGGUAGCCGAUGAGUCUCUGGAGAGCACUCGGCGUAUGCUGUCUCUGGUCGAGGAGGUGAGUGUGUGUGGCAGGAUUAAGGGCGGGGGCCAGGCCUGGGGAGCGAACCAGGAUGGAGUGGUGAACAGCCAGCCAGGAGCUCGAGUGAUGGACGAACGUGAACAGAUGGCCAUCAGCGGGGGCUUCAUCCGCAGGGUAACAGAAGACGCCCGGGAGAAUGAGAUGGACGAGAACCUGGAGCAGGUGGGCGGGAUUAUUGGCAAUCUGCGUCACAUGGCUCUGGACAUGGGCCAGGAGAUCGACACCCAGAACCGCCAGGUGGACAGGAUCAUGGAGAAGGCUGAUUCCAACAAGACCAGGAUUGACGAGGCCAACCAGCGCGCUACAAAGAUGUUGGGAAGUGGCUAAACUGCAGCAAACUGUGCUUUUAUCCCCGUUUAACCCCAAACACCCUAAAAAUAACAACACCACCCAAACCCAGCCCCCAACACCAACGCCCGGCGCCCACUUCCUAUGCUCCACAGCAGGCGCUGCAAAAUCAUGCUUUUCUUGUGAUACUUGUAGAGGUUUGCGCACAUGCACAUAUCAAACAUUCCUCUGCCCCCCCCCCCUCAUGCCCUUCACUUCCCUCUCCUUGUUUUCAAUGUUGUUCUGUGUUGUCGCUCUUUAUGAUUUUGUUAAGAAAUGAUAGUUCUGUUACACAUCAUCCACACUGUACAUAGUGCUUCUUAAAUGGCUUGAUUGACGUAGAUCUUCUUCACCAUCAUCAUCAUCAUUAUUUUUUUAAGUCUGUGUGUAAUAUGAACUGUAUGUACUCCUUGUCCUUCCCUCGUGUCACUACAUGUGAUGCUACAUGAUGAGGCCAGUGAUCUGCAGUGAUAUAGUGAAGCCCUCACAGCGUGUAACCAAGGCCACUGUCGAAACACAAGUCAUUGAAUCUUAAUAACAUUGCGGACCACAGAUUCUCACUUCUCAGGUGAAGAGAUGGCUUCUUGUUCCUGACUGUUAGUGCACUACUGUUUUACCAACUCUAUUGAUGGAGCAGUAUCAACACAAUUGGAUGCCAUUGAUUGUAUAAUAUAUAUCAUUUUCCUCAGGGAGCUAAAUCUGACCAUUCAAAAGCAAGGGUUGAAUAUUUAAUGGAUCUGUUGUAGUUCAUAAAGAUCUGCAUCAUGAGGCUCAGUGCAUAUGUGAAUACUUUGCAUUGUUGAUGUGACUCUUGUUUAACAAUCAGAAACAUAUUGGGCAUUAACCAUAACAGCUAACAUUGUGAUUGAUAAUGAGCGGAGGUGGAGCUUUGCUAAAGGUCGCAGUUCAACAGCCACUAAUUUAACUGUUUGGCAGAGUUACAGGGGGGGUCACAACCUCUUCACGUCCUGCUUUACCCAUGGUUCAACCCUAGCAAUAUCUAGUGCAUUAAGUGUGUUAUGCAUGUCCAUCCGCUGCUAGAAGACACUGAAUAAUUCAGUUAUUCAGACAAAAAUAUCCUACAUAACAUGGCAACCGCAUGUAGGCCACACAGAAGAGAGGUCCGUGUUUAUCUGCACUAUACUCUGUAUAUUCCACUCUGUUUCAUGUCUCUUUACCUUUCCAGACUGUGACGAUCACUGUAAAAUAAAACCUUGGAAAAUGCCAAUAAAACCAUCAUAACUGUA